AAGGUGGUAAAAUUCAUUCGUUCUGUCUGAAAGUUUAACCUCAGCUUUUAACUCAAAGAAUUACACGAUGAUUUUCAAGUUGUCUAUUGUGGUAAUAUAUUUUAUCGUAGCUGCUAGCUGUAUGGACACCCAAACUGAACGUCCACCGAAAUCUCCCGAAGAGGUUAUAAAAGAAUCGUUCCAAGAUUGUUUAAAAUGGACGAACAAUGGCACGGUACCCACAACAGGACAUAUAUUAACCUUGGAACUGUUAAUCCGUUAUUUGGGUGGUCACUCUGAUAAUGAGAUUACGGUCAUUGAAGAUUACUUUAAUGCGAAUCCAACCGAAAUAAAAAAUAUAACAAGCGGUAUAAAUCAGGAAAUAUAUGGUGCCAUUUUAAAAUUAUUUUGCGAAAGAGAAUACCCUGAACUGACAUUCGAAAGAUGCGGUGAAACAAAAAAGAAUGCAGGGAUAAUACGGUCUCUUGAAGAGUCGAAACGUGUUGCCCCAGGAUAUUCAAGCUAUACAAUAAUUGAUGGAAAAUUUGAUAUUAGUAUUUAAAGAAAAGGUUACAUGAAAAAAAAAUUAUCUGAUAAUUUAAAGUUAUAAUAAUAAAAUGUAUAAAAUAGCUAAACUAUUAUUGGUUUGAAAAUCAUAAAAAAUGUUAUUAAAAUUAUAAUAUGUCAAAAAUACGAGAAUAUAAUAUUUAUCCAAAAUAUAAAA